AUGGCGACGACAACCGCCCCAACCCUGUCCCGCAACGACUCCAUCAUGCCACCUCCCUCUCCUCCCCUCAAACCAGCAAUCCACCGCACCAAGCUCCCCCGCGUCUCCCUCCCUGCCGGAGCACCAACACCCUACCUCCUCCCCUCUCACACAGGCGAACACCUCACAAUCCCCGGCACAAAAGCCGUCUUCCGCAUUCUCUGCUCCGCCGCCGAAACGAACAACACCAUGAGCGUCUUCGGCCAAGACGGCGUCCUAUCCGACCCCCCAGGCUUCCACUACCACAACCACGCCCACGACGUCUUCAUGUGCACAAAAGGACGGUUGAAGAUCUGGGCUGGAGAUAAAUGCCGCAUACUUUACCCAGGAGACUUUGCCUACGUGCCACCUGGUGUGGUGCACCAGCCGCAGUUACUGGAUCAAGGACCUAAUGAAUCGAUGGGUCUUGUGACACCGGGCGACUGGGUUGAUUUCUUCCGGUUCGUGGGAGAAGACUAUGGCGGUGUGCUGUGUGAUGAGUUUGACGAUAGGAAUACGGGUGCUGUUUUUGGACCUAAGAUACGCGAGAUCAAAGAACGUUUCGAUGUGGUCUUCCAACCGCAGUUCCAGGGCGCAGAGGUGGCGGAUUUUGAGGAGGGGGAGUGCGUAUUACCAGAGGGUCAGGAAGCAUAUUUCCUCAAAGCGAACACUGGACCGUGUUUCUUACUCGAGGGUGUGUUAUCCAGGCCUUUUAUCACCAUGCAGCAGAGCAAAGGGCCGUCGGGCAACUUUGCCAUCACGAGUAUUGAGUCUGGGAGCGAGUUGAAGAAUUCGGUGUUGAGUAAGGGGGUUGUUUUUGAAAAAGUACAUCAGGUGUACUAUGUACUCGAUGGGGCGCUUUCGCUCACGGUGGACGGCGAGGCAGGGCAUCUGGUCCGGGCGGGUGAGACGGCAUUUAUACCAGCUGGGACGGAGGUGGCGGUGGAGUUUGUGGAUCGCUAUGUGAGGUUCUGGUCGUAUGCUAGUGGAAGUGGGCUGGAGACGUUGAUUGCAGAAGCUGGGGGCGCUUUCGAGGGGAAGGUGGUUCCGGAUCAGACGAGGAGUGUGGAUGUGGAGAAGGUGCGGGAAGUCGCGAAGAAGCUGAGAGUGAAGAUUAGUGUAUAG